AUGGCUAAAGAAAAAACUCAUGUUAACGUCGUUGUUAUUGGUCUUGUAGAUUCUGGCAAAUCAAGUACCACUGGUCACUUAAUCUACAUGUGUGAAGGGAUUGACAAGAGAACAGUUGAAAAAUACAAGAAGGAGGUUCUUGGAUCUGGACAUCGUUCCCUGCUGCGAUACAAUUGCUUUCGAUACAAUUGGACCAGUACCUACAACAGAGCGGACUGGACCAGGAACAACAUCCAAACUUCAAGUUAUCAUAGCACCCAAAAUUCAGAAGGUAGAGAGGAUGCUGUCCCCUCGUUUAUUCCAAAGGACGCCAAGCGGCAUCAUCGACAGAAGAAGUCAAUGCAAUUCCAAAACAAUUAG